AAGUGGGAUUGUUAUCAUUUUGUAUUUUACUUCCCAAUGAUUUAUAAAUUUUUAUAACGUUUUAUAUUUCAUAAACCUAGUGGCUAGUAGUAAGAAACUCUCAAGAAACCUACCCACCUAAAAAGAGAGAAAAACAAAACAAAAAAUAGUAAGGCACAAUAAACACUAAGACCACCUCUUCUCUUGUAUCGUCGACAAAGUUUUGUUCAGUGGCAAAGAUGAAGAAUCCUUUGCUUUUGGCUCUUUUCCUUGUUGGCACCGUCGCUUUACCAGAUAGAAGCAGCAGAGGAACUCAAGAAUUGACCAACGAUGGCCUCACCGGCACGAGUCAAGCAAUACUCUCUUUCUUUGACCAAAGACUUGCAGUGGUGUACCCAGUGAUCCAGAGAUUCAAGUCACUCAUCACUCUCGACCCUUAUAACGUAACCAAGACAUGGAUUGGUUCAGACAUCUGUAGUUAUAGAGGCUUCCACUGUGACAAUCCUCCGGACAACACAACCGCAGUUACUGUCGCUUCUAUCGAUUUCAAUGGCUUUCAGCUCUCUGCUCCCUCCAUCGAAGGAUUUAUCGAUCAAUUCCCUGACUUAGCUCUGUUUCAUGUUAACUCCAACAACUUUGGAGGUACCGUGCCUUCCAAGAUAGUCAACCUCAGGUAUCUCUACGAGCUCGACAUCAGCAACAAUCGAUUCACCGGUCAGUUUCCGACCGCAGUUGUCGGUAUGUCCGGUUUGACGUUUCUUGACAUCCGGUUCAACUCUUUCUCUGGUUCAAUUCCACCACAAAUCCUCGGUCAGAACCUCGAGGUUCUCUUCAUCAAUGACAAUGGCUUCACUGCGAGCCUCCCCGAGAUACCUGGUGAUGGUACUAGUACAACACACAUUCUUUUCUUAACUUUUGCAAACAACAAGUUCAACGGUCCUCUGCCGAGAAGCAUCUUAAGAUCAAUGUCAACUUUAACUGAAGUACUCUUCUUGAAUAACGAUUUUACCGGUUGUAUCCCUCACGAGAUCGGGUUUCUCACGGGGGCAUCAGUGAUCGAUAUUGGUGGAAACAAGCUCACAGGGCCUUUGCCCCUUUCCCUAAUGUGUCUAGAGAAAGUAGAGCAGGUCAACUUUGCUGGGAAUCUCUUGUUUGGGGCAAUCCCGGAGGCAGUUUGCAUGCUGCUCCGGGACAAUCUUGUCAACUUAUCGUUGUCUAAUAACUAUUUCACGCAUGUAGGGCCUUGGUGUAGGGGUUUACUUGACAGAGGUGUACUUGACGUUAGUAACAAUUGCAUUCCUUUCUUCCCAGGACAAAGAUCGAUGCAAGAAUGUGCGGAGUUCUUUGUCAAACCUAAAAAGUACUACUGUCCUCACAUGUGGUUCCAUAGUUUUUUCUCUUGUAGAUAUUCUCACAUAUCUUCUUCCUCUUCUAGUGCUUUCAUGCCCAUGGUGGCUCCCUCACCUUAAUGUACAUUUCAGCGUAUUUUCUCUCUCUCAUUGUAAGGAAAAAUAAUCGAAUUAUGUUUCGACCUACAAAAUUAUGGUAACGGAAGGGCCAUAAUGGUGGUUGUGUUGCAAAAUACAUGUAUAGUUUUCUUUUUUUGGGUAGCUAGUAUGGUUUCCAUGUCCAUGAAUGAGUAAACUAACACCAUCUUGUGUCAUGUCCUAUAAAUUCAUGACUUACUCAUGACUCAUGAUAAAAAGAUAAGGCCAAUGUUAUGAGUUAAAACUUAAAAGCAAUGCCACUAGGAUUUCCUCUCUAA